CACAAGUCUCACAGCUUCAUGCCGGUUAAAGAAGCUGUUGAAACCUACAAGGAUCAGGUUAAAUCUUCCAUCGAAUCUCUCACAGAAAAGAAAUCAGAAAUCAAGCAAAUGGAGCAGCGACAGAAAUUGGGAAUUUCUAAUGUUCAGGAAGAGUCACUCAACCGUCAGUCACAGACCAUAUCCCAGUUUGCUGAACUGCACCAGAUUCUCACGGAGAAAGAGCAGCGUUUACUCGGAGAUAUUCGGGAAGAAGAAGAGAAGAUUGUCAAAAUAAUGGAGACAAAUCUUCAAGCGAUUCAAGAGAAUUUAAAUUCCAUUCAGGAUGAACUAUUAAUGUUACAGGGACAGAUAGACCACAAGGACAACAUGAUAUUUCUGAAGGAAGAAGCUGGUCGCAAGAGCAGGUUUAGUGAUGAAGCCAAACCAAUGCUGGUGGUAGAUGGUGCGUGGCCGAUUGAAAAGUUUGAUCCCUCCUUUUUCAACAUGGCAUUGAGAGAAGCAUCUGAUAUCAUCAAGCGAGUCUCCGUCACUCUGGACGAGGAAACAGCGCAUCCGGGGCUCGAAGUGUCUGAGGAUCGGAAGAGUGUGAGACUGACGGGGACCCGGAGGAGUCUUCCUGACACCGGGAAGAGGUUUACAGUCCGGGCGUGUGUGCUGGGAUCGGAGGGAUUCACAUCAGGGAGACAUUACUGGGAGGUGGAGGUGGCGGGGAGUCGGGGCUGGAGUCUGGGAGUCGCCGCAGAGUCUGUGGAGAGGAAGAAAGGGGUGAAACUGACCCCGGAGACUGGAGUCUGGAGGAUUAGGCGGGAUGGUGACAACUUUGAUUCAGUCACCUCCCCUCCAUCCCGUCUCCGCGCCCGUCCCAUCCCCGGGAGGGUGGGAGUUUAUCUCAGUUACGAGUCCGGGACAGUUUCAUUUUACGACGCGGACACCAUGUCCCAUCUCCACACCUUCACUGGGAAUAAAUUCACGGAGAAACUUUAUCCUUUCUUCGGGCCUUGGGGACCAAACCAGUGGCUGGGUAUCUGCGGCGGUUCCUCUCCGGGUGUGUAAAAGAGUCGGCUGCCGGGACCGGUGAAAGGAGCGGGUCUCCUAUUUUAAUCCCCAAAUUUCACGUCGCAAAACCCCUGUGAGCGCGGAAAUAGUUUGGUUUAGUUUAGUUUAUUGUCACAUGUACCGACGUACUGUGAAACCCUUUCGUUGCGUGCUCUCCAGUCAAUAAAACCAUGGGGAAUGUAAAUGUGGGAAGAGUAAAAUAAAUAGCAAUUGAAAUCAGAGCUGUCUGUCGAUCCGUUCAUUUUAACGCGUUAACUGCGUCCGUCAACGGAACAGAAAUACUAUUGUGAAAAUAUAAAGAUUGAAAC